AUGGUGCACGGGAACUCGCGCACGCCAGACAUGAUGGUGCACGGGGUGAGGCGGGACGGCAGCGCAGGUGGCCCGUGGGCAGGGGGGGUGACGAUCGCGCGGGUGGUGGCGUCAGUGGACUACAGCCGCCCCAUCCGCCCCCGCUGGACCGCUACAGCCGGGCUCAACCUGCAGGUGCGUGCUACAGCCGGGCUCAACCUGCAGGUGCGUGCUACAGCCGGGUUCAACCUGCAGGUGCGUGCUACAGCCGGGCUCAACCUGCAGGUGCGUGCUACAGCCGGGCUCAACCUGCAGGUGCGUGCUACAGCCGGGCUCAACCUGCAGGUGCGUGCUACAGCCGGGCUCAACCUGCAGGUGCGUGCUACAGCCGGGCUCAACCUGCAGGUGCGUGCUACAGCCGGGCUCAACCUGCAGGUGCGUGCUACAGCCGGGCUCAACCUGCAGGUGCGUGCUACAGCCGGGCUCAACCUGCAGGUGUAUGCAUGA